AUGCGGCCUUGUGUGCACCGGGCGGGGGAGGCGGCCGCUCUCCCAUUCCGGGGCUACCCAGCGACUGCAAUGGCGGGGCAGGCAUCCCGUUACCCCCCCCUGGGACUGUUGGGGGUGAACACGGUCCAACCCAGGAGAGCUACACCCAGUAGAGGAGAGGUGAAGGUGAAGUCUAGCAGGCAAGCGAAUAACAUUACUACCGACUCAUUCCUAACGGCGGACACCUCGUGCCUCCCUUGCACCCACGCUCACAAUGCAGAGACCACGCUCCAAACGAAGCUAGAGGCUAUCCUGGAGGCAUUCUGGCAUAAGCUGGAGAGACGGGCACUGCAACAAGCCCCACCACAGGCAAGCGGCCCCUCACCUACACGACGCAUGUCACGAACGAGGAAAACACCCGGGGCCCCCACAGGGAAGAGGAUCCCAUGGAGAAGGCAGACCAAGCCCAAAACAUCACCCCGGCAUAAGCAGCGGCACAACCAAAGUCAGUCACGCAUGAGACAUACAUUUGCGCCUCGUCGAGGGUCUCCUGUUCUCCUGGCAGUCAACAUCCGGGGGUCCGUCCGGCCCCACAAGACGAGACCGGAGCCUGGAGGCUUGAAAUACUUCACUAAGCUGCCCAACAGCGAGAUACCCAUGACGGGAGUCGGCUGA